AUGCCUAUCAACGCCAACCUCAUCACUAGACCUGCUCCUCGCAGAGUUCUCCCCACCCGUCCCUCAACCAAGACAUCACCUGCCAAGCCCACCGUCACACCCACUGAAGCCACUCCCCUAGUCGCAGUGAUUGGCGUUGGCUUCGUAGGUACUGGUCUUGUCGACUCCUUCUCAUCCAAGUAUGAGAUCAUGGGUUUUGACAUUAGCGAGAACAGACUUGACUUUCUUCGCGGCGAGUUCCAGGCUCGUCCUAAUGUUUCUUUCACCUCUGAUGAGUCAGAUCUCGCAAAGGCUACUCACUUUUUGAUCUCUGUUCCUACGCUUCUUAGAGCGGAUAGGACUAUUGAUCUCUCUUACCUGAACAGUGCGCUAAAGAGGGUUGAGCAGUGGGCUCGACCUGGUUGCACUGUUGUCAUCGAGAGCUCUGUCUCUGUUGGUCUUACGAGACAACUUCUUGGACCUAUUGCUCAGGCUAAGGGACUCUUUGCUGGAAUGUCUCCUGAGCGCAUUGACCCCGGCCGUGUUGAACCUCCCAUGCGAUCCAUCCCAAAGGUCGUCUCCGGUCUCGAUGAUGUCAUCCCCGGCUCUCUCGACGCCAUCGUCCGUCUCUACGGCCGCGUCUUCGACAGCAUCGUCCCUGUCUCCAAGCCUGAAGUCGCCGAGAUGUGCAAGCUCUACGAGAACUGCCAACGCAUGAUGUGCAUCGCCUACGCCAACGAGAUGGCCGAUGCAUGCCAGGGUCUCGGUAUCGACCCCUUCGAGGUUUCCAACGCAGCUGCUACCAAGCCCUUCGGAUACAUGCCCUACACUCCCAGUCUCGGUGUCGGUGGCCACUGCAUCCCCGUCAACCCCUACUACCUCCUCUCCAACUGCGAGUUCCCCCUUCUUGAAGCCUGCGCCGAUAAGAUGAACAAGCGUCCUGCCACCAUGGCCAAGCGCAUUGUCAGCGAUCUCAUGGGCGGUGGCAAGCUCCAGCGUCGCGACUCUGGUAUCGACAUGAAGAAGAAGGUUCUUGUUGUCGGCAUGGGCUUCAAGGCUGGACAGGACCACCUUGUCAACUCCCCUGGUCUCCAGCUUGCCAAGGAGCUUAAGAAGCUUGACAUUGAUGUCCACUUUGCCGACUCUCUUGUCAAGCAGGCUGCUGUGCCUGAUAUCCCUCGUCUUGAUGACGCCAACUGGACUACUGAGGAGCUCGAGACAUUUGAUCAGAUUGUUGUGAGCUUCCGACAAUGGGGUAUGGACUUCGAUGUUUUGGACAAGGUCUCUGGUGUUCCUGUUCAGAUGUGGUGCCAAUAG